UUCGUCUGUCAACAGAAAGGGCCAGUCUUCGUCUGGCCCAGUGCCAACAACCAUGUCCACAGACUUGACUGUUGGCAGAAAGAGCCAAUCUUCACCAUGCCUAAUGACCACAGCCAUGACUACACGCUCGUCCGUUGCCAGAAAAAGCCAAACUUUGUCUAGCCCAGUGACUACAACCAUGGACAAAUGUUCAUCUGUCAAUAGAAAGGGCCAGACCAUGUCCACAGACUUGACUGUUGGCAGAAAGAGCCAAUCUUCACCAUGCCUAAUGACCACAGCCAUGACUACACGCUUGUCCGUUGCCAGAAAUAGUCAGUCCUCAACCGGUCCAGUAACCAAAACCAAAAAACCAAAACCAAAAACAGACUUGGCUGUUGACCGAAAAAGUCCCACAACUAUAACCAUGCAACUGGGCAGUAGCAGAAAGAAUGAAUUUCCAUCCAACCUGGUGGCCACAAAUACAGCCACACACUUGGCAGUUGCCAAAAAUGAACAUCCUUUACCUGGCCCAGUGACCACAGCCAUGGAGGCAGACUUAUCUGUUACCAGAAAGAGUCAAUCGAUGUCUGAUUUGGUAACUGCCAAGCACUUAGUAGCUGCCAAAAGAAGUCAAUCUCUGUCUGCCCAAGUGAUGGCAGCAACAAGCUCACCGUUGGCUGUUACCAACAAAGGUCAAUCUUCAUCUUACCCCAUGACCACAGACCUGGUCAUACCCUUAACUAUUGAUACUACAGGACAAUCCCCAUCGGUGGAUACAAGUAACAUGAAACAAACAGUUACAGAAAUGUCUAACAAGGAGACGCGUGCUCCAGAAAAACCUCCUGAGAACAAGCGAAGAUGUACUAGCAAGGAAAGGCCUCCUGAAAGGCGUUUCAGUGUAAGGCUGGUGGAGAGUUCCUGCAGAUUCAGAGAUAUUGUGGUGAGGAAGCAAGAUGGCUUCACCCACAUCUCUUUAUCCACAAAAUCAUCAGAAAAUAACUCACUAAAUCUAGAAGUGAUGAAAGAAGUUCAGGAUGCUCUCAACAAGGCUGCUCUUGAUGACAGCAAGCUGGUACUUCUCAGUGCAAUUGGCAAUGUCUUCUGCUUCGGACUGGACUUUACGUAUUUUAUACAGCGCCUCACAGCAAACAAGAAAAGAGAAAGUGCUAAAAUGGCAGAAUCAAUCAAAAAUUUUGUGAAUACGUUCAUUCAGUUUAAGAAGCCUAUUAUUGCAGCAGUCAAUGGCCCAGCCCUUGGCCUGGGAGCAUCUAUACUGCCUCUCUGUGAUGUGGUUUGGGCUAAUGACAAGGCUUGGUUUCAAACACCCUAUACCACCUUUGGACAGAGUCCAGAUGGCUGUUCCAGCUUUACAUUUCCCAAGACUAUGGGAGAAGCCUCUGCAAAUGAAAUGUUGCUCAGUGGGCAGAAGCUUACAGCACAGGAAGCUUGUAAGAAGGGCCUGGUCUCCCAGGUAUUUUGGCCACAGACCUUCAGGCAGGAAGUCAUGAUUCGAACCAAGGAGCUUGCCUCAUGUAAUGCAGUUGUCCUGGAAGAGUCCAAAGCCCUAAUGCGCUUUACCAUCAAGAUGAAGUUGGAGGAGGCCAAUGAGAGGGAGUGCACAGUGCUGAAAAAUAUUUGGGGCUCUGCAGACGGGAUAGAGGCCAUGUUAAAAUAUUUGCAGAAAAAAAUUGAGAACUGAUUGCUAGGACUGUCACUGAUGACCCUGGAACUGGUUUAAGCAGAACAUUAGGAUAUCACUGGUUCCCAGUUAAAAAUACCUACCCUUAAAGCCUGAAACAAGUUCAACUAUAUCUCAUGCCUAGAAGUAGGAGUGGAACACUCAAGAUAUCUAUUACCAACGAGUUUUAAAGAAUUGUGACUAUAAAAUAACUAACUGCAAAGUAACUUUAAUCAAAUAUCCUUAUAUCCAUAUACAAGCAAAUAUGAAAUGGGAACGAUGAGCACU